GUGGGAGUGAUUGGACGAUGGGAGGAGCUUUCUCGGACUAUCCUUUAGAGUUGCGACCCAGCAGUAGACCGCCCUCUUUAUCACUCGCUCUUCUUCCGGGUAGAAAGGUGCAGGUGUUGCAGUGCUCUCUCCCUCUCCAGCUUGUCUGCUGUCGACAUGGCGAGUGUUCAUACAUCAGCUAGCAGGCCUUACCACCUGGUUAUCUUCGGAGCCUCCGGAUUUACAGGACAGUUUGUGGUGGAGGAGGUGGCCCGGACCGUGUCCGAGGGUCCGCAAGGGAAUCUGAAGUGGGCCGUAGCCGGGAGGAGCAAGAAGAAGUUGGAGCAAGUUCUGGAUCAGGCCGCCUCUGUCCUCGGAAAGCCGGAGCUGAGGACCGGGGUGGACAUCAUUUUCGCAGAUGUGGAAGAACCAGACUCACUGGCGGCUAUGUGCAAGCAGGCCGUCAUUGUUCUCAACUGUGUGGGGCCUUACAGAUUCUUUGGUGAGCCAGUUGUCAAAGCCUGUGUGGAGAAUGGAGCCCAUCAUCUUGACAUCUGUGGAGAACCUCAGUUUCUGGAGGGCAUGCAACUCACCUACCACAACCAGGCAUCAGAAAGGGGCGUGUACAUCAUAGGAAGCUGUGGAUUCGACUCCAUCCCUGCUGACAUGGGGGUCCUGUACACCAGAGAGCAGUUUAAGGGUACUCUGACUGCAGUGGAGAGCUUCCUGACUGUCAAAACGGGCCCUGAGGGAGGAUGCAUCCAUGAUGGCACGUGGCAGUCGGCCAUCUAUGGCUUCGCAGACAGCCACAAGCUUCAAAGUCUUCGGAGGAAGUUUAAUUACAAACCUUUGCCCUCAGUUGGCCCCAAGCUGAAACGCAGGGGUGCAGUGUUCUACAGUAAUGAGAUCCAGCAGUACACGGUGCCCUUCAUGGGUUCUGAUCCAUCAGUUGUUAAGAGAACACAGCGCUUCCUGGUGGAGGAAUAUCAGGCCUCUCCGGUACAGUAUGGAGCGUAUGCAGGCAUCGGCGGUAUUUGCAACAUCAUUAAAUUGAUGCUGGCCGGCAUGAUGUUCUGGCUCUUAGUCAAGUUCAGUUUUGGACAGAACCUGCUCAUCAAAUAUCCAGAGUUGUUCUCCUUUGGACUCUUCUCCAAAGCUGGACCAACUCGGAAGCAGAUGGAAUCAUCUUCAUUUCGGUUUGUGUUCUAUGGAGAGGGAUACUCGGAGGGACUGGACCCCUCCCAGGGAAAACCUAAUGGCAAGAUUUGUACCUUGGUUCAAGGACCAGAAUGUGGUUAUGUGGCUACGCCCAUCGCCAUGGUGCAAGCUGCUCUAACCAUCCUCAAUGAAUCCACAGCUUUGCCCAAGAGGGGAGGAGUGUACACACCAGGAGCUGUGUUCGCAAAAACCACCUUAAUUGAGCGUCUCAACAAACAUGGCAUCCAGUUCUCUGUCAUCUAAGGUUCCCUGUGUGAGGCUGGGCUUCACUAUUUGGUUGAAGCAAUUGAACGCAAUCACAGAAUAACAACUGGAAUGUCUGCAAUUUAAAAAAAAAAAAAAAAAAAAAAAAAAGCCCA